AUGUGUAUUGAUUAUCGCCAGUUGAACAAAGUGACAGUUAAGAACCGUUAUCCUUUGCCUUGUAUUGAUAAUCUGUUUGACCAGCUUCAGGGUGCAUGGAUGUUUUCUAAGAUUGAUUUGCGCUCAGGUUACCAUCAGUUGAAGAUUUGGGAGCCAGAUAUCCCAAAGGCUGCUUUCAGGACUCGGUAUGGUCAUUACGAGUUCCUUGUCAUGUCAUUUGGGCUGACAAAUUCCCUAGAAGCCUUUAUGCAUUUAAUGGAUAGUGCAUUUCGGUCGUAUCUCGACUCGUUCGUUAUUGUCUUUAUUGAUAAUAUUCUGGUGUAUUCCCGGAGUCAGGAAGAUCAUGAGCAGCACCUGAGGAUUGUGCUUCAGAUUCUGAGAGAGAAGAAGUUAUAUGCUAAGUUUUCGAAAUGUGAGUUU